CGCGCGCGCAGGGGGCCUGAGCGUAUUGGGGGGGCGGCGCGGGGACCUCCCCUGGGAGGUCGCGGCCACUCCCCCGCGCCCCGGGCCGAGCACGGCGGGGGAGGCGGAGGAUGGAAACACCCUUCUACGGCGAUGAGGCGCUGAGCGGCCUGGGCGGUGUUGGCGGUGCCAGCGGUGGUAGCUUCGCGUCGCCGGGUCGCCUGUUCUCCGGGGCGCCGCCGACGGCGGCGACGGGCAGCAUGAUGAAGAAGGACGCGCUGACGCUGAGUUUGAGCGAGCAGGUGGCGGCGGCGCUGAAGCCCACGACGGCGCCCCCUCCGGCCCCACUGCGCACGGACGGCGCCCCGGGUGCGGCGCCCUCCGACGGGCUUCUGGCGUCGCCGGACCUGGGGCUGCUGAAGCUGGCGUCUCCGGAGCUGGAGCGCCUCAUCAUCCAGUCCAACGGGCUGGUCACCACCACGCCGACCAGCACGCAGUUCCUCUACCCCAAGGUGGCGGCCAGCGAGGAGCAGGAGUUCGCCGAGGGCUUCGUCAAGGCCCUGGAGGACUUGCACAAGCAGAAUCAGCUGGGCGCGGGGGCCGGCGUGGCCGCGGCGGCCACUGGGGGACCCUCGGCCUCGGCGCCGUCCGCUCCGGGAGAGCUGCCCGCGGCCGCCGGGGCACCCGAAGCUCCCGUCUACGCCAACCUGAGCAGCUACGCGGGCGGCACCGGGACGCCAGGGGGCGCGGCGACCGUCGCCUUCGCCAGCGAGCCCGUGCCUUUCCCGCCGCCGCCGCCCCCGGGGGCACUGGGACCGCCGCCGCGCUUGGCCGCGCUCAAGGACGAGCCCCAGACGGUGCCCGACGUGCCGAGCUUCGGCGACAGCCCGCCACUGUCGCCCAUCGACAUGGACACACAAGAGCGCAUCAAGGCGGAGCGCAAGCGGCUGCGCAAUCGCAUCGCCGCCUCCAAGUGCCGGAAACGCAAGCUGGAGCGCAUCUCGCGCCUGGAGGAAAAGGUGAAGACGCUCAAGAGUCAGAACACCGAGCUGGCGUCCACGGCCAGCCUGCUGCGCGAGCAGGUGGCGCAGCUCAAGCAGAAAGUGCUCAGCCACGUCAACAGCGGCUGCCAGCUGCUGCCCCAGCACCAGGUCCCCGCGUACUGAGCCCGAGUGCGGCGCAUGCGCGAAGCCCUCUCCGCGCGAGGGGCGGGGAGGGAGGUUGGCGGGUGGGGGCGCCCGGACUCGGAGGGAGACAGGGGUGCGGCCCACCCGGAGGGCCCCCAGGACUUGGAGGGGGGCGCCCUGGACUCGACAAGCUGGACCCCCGUGCUCCUGGGGGGACCCGAGCGCACGAACCCCGUCCUCGCGCCGCCUCCGCCCCCGCGCGUGUUGCACAAGCCCGUGCCCCGGCAGCCUCUUUGUGCUCCGAGGGGCGCAGCCUCACGCCCUGCCUUUCUCCUUUGCCUUUUUUUUUUUUUUUUCCGUUUGUUUGAUUUUGGACUUUGGAAGAGAGAAAAACAGAAUGUCCGAUUUCACCCUAUUUAUGUUUCUACUCGGGAACAAACGUUGGUUGUGUGUUGCGUGCGUGUUUCCUAGUGUUGGUUUUUUUUUUUUUUUUUAAGAAAUAGGAAGAAGAAAAGACUCCUCCUUUCCCUCGUUCUCGCCCCCCUCAUCCCGGCAUCUUCCUUCCUCCUGCCCUUUUUGUUCUGCUGGUUUUGUUUUGUUUUGCUAUGAGUCCACAUUCCUGUUCCUAAUCCUUGGUUCGCCCGGUUUUGUGUUUUCAGUAAAAUCUCGUUACGCCA